GCCCCCCGCACAGACGGGGACGGGAAGCCGGGAGCCGGGCCGGACCGAGGGGGCGGCCGGGCCCCGCCAGGCGCUGGGACAGGCCCCGGCCCGGAGCGCAGCUGCCUGGAGGGGCCGCUGGCGGGGGAGGAGCGGGACCCGCGGCGCCGGCGCGGCGGGUGUUCCCGCCCGAGGAGCGCAGCCCAACCCCUUCGCGAUCUGGCCAAACUGGCCCCACCGCCGCGCCGUAGCUCUCGGCACUGCCGGGAGGCGGCAGCGCGGGGGCUGCUGGGACUUGUAGUCCCGCCGGGCGGGCCGCUGCGUUGGCGCCGUGUUCUGCGGCGCCCGCGGGAACUACAGGCGGCUCCGCGAGGAUGGCGGCUCCCCUGGUGCUGGCGGUGCUGGCGGCCGUGACGGUCCGGGCCGUGCUCUACCGCUCCAGCCUCGCCGCCUUCAUCUCCGAGCGGGUGGAGGUGGCGUCCCCGCUGAACGCCUGGAAGCGAGUGGUCGAAGGAUUGGCUCUGCUGGAUUUAGGGGUCUCACCAUAUUCUGGAGCUGUUUUUCAUGAGACACCCCUGAUAAUCUAUCUCUUUCACUUCCUGAUCGAAUAUGCUGAGUUGGUGUUCAUGAUGACUGAUGUCCUAACUGCAGUUGCCCUUUACUUGGCCAUUCAGGACUUCAACAAAGUUGUGUUUAAAAAGCAAAAGCUCCUGAUAGAACUGGAUAAGUAUGCACCAGAUGUGGCUGAACUCAUCCGGACGCCCAUGGAGAUGCACUACAUCCCUCUCAAGGUAGCACUCUGCUACCUGUUAAACCCCUACACUGUGAUGUCUUGUGUGGCAAAGUCCACCUGUGCCAUCAACAACACUGUCACUGCAUUCUUCAUUUUAGCUACAAUAAAAGGUAGUGCCUUCCUCAGUGCUGUGUUCCUGGCCUUAGCAACGUACCAGUCACUCUACCCUCUCACACUGUUUGCUCCAGCACUCCUUUACCUGCUACAGCGUCAGUUCAUACCAAUAAAACUGAAAAGUAAAAGCUUCUGGCUCUACACAAUGCAGUAUGCAGCCCUGUACCUCUGCAGCCUGGUGGUGAUCAUCUGCCUCUCCUUCUUCCUCCUCAACUCCUGGGAUUUUAUCCCAUCUGUUUACGGGUUUAUCCUUUCUGUUCCGGAUCUGACUCCCAAUAUUGGCCUUUUCUGGUACUUCUUUGCAGAGAUGUUUGAACACUUUAGUCUUUUCUUCAUAUGCGUGUUUCAAAUCAACGUGUUCUUCUACACCAUCCCCUUGGCAAUAAAGCUAAAGGAACACCCCAUGUUCUUCAUGUUUGUCCAGAUUGCAAUCAUCUCUAUCUUCAAGUCCUACCCCACUGUGGGAGAUGUUGCCCUGUACAUGGCCUUCCUGCCAGUCUGGAGCCACCUUUACAGAUUUCUCCGGAACAUCUUCAUCCUGUCCUGUGUGCUCAUUGUCUGCUCCCUCCUGUUCCCAGUCCUGUGGCAUCUCUGGAUUUAUGCAGGAAGUGCCAACUCCAAUUUUUAUUAUGCCAUCACGUUGACCUUCAACAUUGGGCAGAUCCUGCUCAUCUCGGAUUAUUUCUACGCCUUCCUGCGCCGGGAGUUCUACCUCACUCAUGGGCUGCACCUGACGCGGCCGGACGGGACAGAGGCCAUGCUGGUUUUGAAGUAAGCAUGGUGCCCACCAUUCCCUGGGACAUGGACCACUCUGAGGAACAUGCAAAGCUUGGGGUAUGUGGGGCGGGUGGGGAUGGUUCCCUGAAUGAGAUCUGACUUUGGGAAUGAUACCUGCUGCGAGAAAGGGCUCUGAGAUUCUUCUGGGAAUACCCUCCUGAGCUGUGGGCUCAGUGCACAGACACUAAGAGCUACAAGUAGGAGCUGCAGUGCCUCCCCUGGAGCAUCUCCCUUCAUCCCUCAGCUCUGCUUUUCACUGCAAUCUCAGCCAACUACCCUGAGCAGUCCAGCAGGAACCAGAGAAAGUGUCUGAGCUGAAACCAGGGCUGAAUCUGUGGCCCAGAAAUAGCUCAGACCUCAAACUCUUUACCCUCACUGCUUCUUGGGGAUAUUUGCUUCUCCUGGAAAUCUCCCCUUCACUGCUCUGACCAGUCCUGCUCCUGCUUGGCACGAGGCCACCUCUGGGAGCCUGGUGCAUAAGCCCUGGAUGCAGAUGCCAUUUCUUGGUUCUACUGUUGUGGGAACUGGACAAAUCAGAUGUGCUCAGGCACGGUGGGUGCUUGGAAAUAAAUCAUGACCAGGAUGAAUGACCUCUUGGAAGGAGGACCUCUGAAGCUGCUGCCACAGGUAAUAAGUCUUGGAGCUCGAACACUAGUAAGAACUGGAACUGGGGUGAGAGCAGGAGCAGGUGGGUGCUGGGGAACUGCUGUAUCCUGUUGAAGCAACACAGACAUGUCCAUGCUGGGAGCUGCACAGAGGCAUUGCAGGGUCUCAGAAGAAAGGACAUCACUGUGGAGACACAUCCCACUGCUCCUGUUUCUGUAGGGUAACAAAGGCUGGCAGUGCAGGGCUCACACUGUACAGUUGACAUUGGUUGGGCAGCAGCCUGGAUGUGGAAUGAACAAGCUGCCUGCCUGGCUGGGGACUAGGAGGUGUCAGCAUCUCCCCUUGGAGGCCCCAGACCAAAUCCAGAAGGAGCCUUGGCCACUGCUGUGGUGGGGUUGUUGGGCUCCAGGUGUUCCACAGCUGCUCAGCCCUGGGCUGUACACUUCCCUGUGUUACCCUCACAAGUGCAGGGGUGGUCUCUUGUGGCUGUGUGCAGGUUCUGUGGAGGCAGCAGCCCCUGGACCCCCCUGCUCCCCUCUGUGCUCAGUCCUGCUCCCUCCAGAGCUGCUGCCUCUGCUCACCCCAUGAAUGUGACCCACCAGGUGAAGCUGCCAGCCUGGCUGCUGGCUCUGCUGGCUGCCCUGGUGGCAGGGAAGUGGCACCUGCAGUGUGAAAACCACCUCACUGGUGGCUUCCCCACUGAUCCCAAGAAAAAUCCAAAGGGCUGGGAAUGUCACACCACCGAAACCAAACUGGACCUGGCACAGAGUGCCUGGGAGACAGAGGUGCCCAAGCAGUUGUGUAAACAGGUUUUCUUUCUUUCUGGCCAACUACAAGUUCUGCCUUACUGCACUGCUCUUCGUGCUUUGGUGGGGCUGUGGGUCCCAGCCCAGCUCCUGGUGGGGGCACCAGCCAUGGUGGGGGCACCAGGACAGGGCUGCUUGGGGCACGGGAGCACAAAUAAAUUACGAGUUUCAAACA